CUUCCGUCCCUUUAAAGCCAGGCAACUUCCUUAAGCGUGUUUCCAUUAGAAGGGGCAGUCUCAUUACAUGUGCUUAAAAAGUUAAGCCAGCGCCUCCAAGGCAAUUGGUUUGCCCUGCCUCUAUCUCCUACCUGCAGCAGCAGCAAUGAAGCCCCGGGCAAUCUUCAUCGCUAUGAAAAGCUUUACAGGCCAAACCAAGGCAGGGCGAGAGGUGAAGGUAUCCAGAGGCAGUCUGCUCAGUCAAGAGGAUGCCCGCGGGACCUCCCAAGAGGGUAUGUUCUGGGCCAAGGUCCUGGAUACGGAGAAGGUGGUCCAGGUGCCUCCCCGGGCAGCCCAAGAACUGACUGGAGCCUACUCCGGACUUCUGGAGGCUGUGACCAAUGGAGACGUGCGCCUCGUGCUUUUCAAGCAGGAGCAUUUGAUGCAGCGACUGAGUGCCCUCCGGGAAGGGGACCCAGUGAGAGUCCAGAUCACUUCCGCCUCCGGGAAGAAAGUUCAAGGCGUUGUCCGAUACCGGGGACCCAUAGACAAGAACAAGCACGACACAAGCAUCAUCUUUGGGAUUGAGCUGGUGGGCUCAGCAGCUGGGAAGGGUUUCACCGACGGCACCUUCAAAGGCCAGAAGUUCUUCUCCUGCCGUGAGAACUGUGGGGUGUUUGUGCCUGUCAACCGGAUUGAGCCGGAUGACUUGGCAGAGGGCAGCCCACGGGGGCCUCCAAGAGGCAGCAUCCGGGAAUGCACCAGGAUCCAGCUAACAUCAGGAGAUCCCUUGUCGCCUCCGGAGCUGGAAAUCGGGGACCGUGUUUUCUUCAAGAUGGAUGACAGCACCCCUACUGGGACUGUGGUGUACUGCAACUACCUGCCCAAGAAACUGGAGACAGGGGUAUUUGUGGGGAUACUCCUGGAUAAACCGGUCGGCUCCUGGGAUGGCGUCUUCAGAGAUCGCAUCCUCUGCAAUAUCCCAUCUCCAGAGUAUGGGAUCCUCCUGCCAGUCUCUAAAGUGCACAAAGAACAACCUGAUAGAAGCCCCGAGGCCUUGACUGCAAACUGCUCUCUGCCCACCUCUGACGAAUUUGAAGAUGGCCUGUCUCCUUCCUCCAUCAAAUACCCCCCCAUAAUGGAGGAGUGUUCACUGAAGGAGCCCCCAAUCUUGGUCCCUUCCGUAGAUUUGGGAGACCACAAGAAGAAAGAUGCACGAGUUUUGGAGAGGAUGAAAAACGAGGAAGGGGAAGAAGAAGAGGAAAAGGAAGAAGACAGACAGGAUACCCACUUUCUCUUAGAAAUCAAUUCCAUGGUAGAGGUUAACAAGCCACCCAUCUACGGGGUGAUCCGAUGGAUUGGGAAGCUUCCUGACGAUGACGAAACAAUUGCUGGGCUGGAGCUGGAGGAGCCACUGCCUUCAGGCUGCACUGACGGCCAGUACCGAGGGACCCACUACUUUCACUGCCAGCCGAACAAAGCACUGUUUGUCAGAUUGCGCCGCUGUCGUCCUGACUCCCGAUUUGACUCUCUGCAGAACCUGGAGAAUCCUGUUUUGCGCUGCAACUCCCUGGACUUCCGUAGGUACGCCAGCACCAGAGUGGAAGAAGACACACCACCACCACCGUUGGGUGAACAGGGCAUGGAGCAUCUCUCCGGAUGGAAGAAGGGGAUCCAGGGUCACUGCAACUCCUGCUACCUGGAUGCCACUCUUUUCUGCAUGUUCACUUUUACCUCUGUGCUGGAUUCGAUGCUGCUACGCCCGGCAGACAAGAAUGAUGGGGCAUCUUACACCGAGACGCGGGAUCUGCUGAGAACAGAGAUCGUCAACCCUUUGCGCAAGAAUGGCUAUGUCUGUGCCACCAAAAUUAUGGCCCUGCGGAAGGUUCUGGAAACGGCUGGACAGUCUUCGGGCUUCACCAAUGAAGAAAAAGACCCGGAGGAAUUCCUUACCCUGCUGUUCCGGGUGCUGAAAAUGGAGCCUCUCUUCCAGAUUCGGUCGGCCGGGCAGGACCCCCAGGGCUGCAUUUUCUACCAGAUAUUUCUUGAGGAUCACUUGACCCGGCCGGUGCCCACAGUUCAGGAGCUUCUGGAAGGGUCUCUGGGCACUGGGGACCUCAAGCUCACGGAGGCUCCCUCCUGCCUCAUCUUGCAGAUGCCCCGGAAUGGGAAGAAUUUCAAGGCCUUUCGCACCAUACAGCCCAGCUUGGAACUCGACCUUACUGACCUUCUGGAAGACACUCCUCGGGAGUGUUGCAUUUGCCAAGGGCUGGCUGUGACCGAGUGUCCUGAUUGCUACGGGGACCACAGCUUUGGCGCUCAUCAUAUCAAGCAGUUCUGCAAGAUUUGCAGUCAGCAGGUCCACAAACACCGGGCCCGGCGCUGCCACCAGCCCCGCCCAUUGCAUCUGCCUGAGGAGCUGUCCUGCUUGGGCUCCUUGCCUGAUGUCAUCCCCCGCCAGACCAUGCAGCUCUUUGGCGUCCUCUGCAUUGAGACCAGCCACUAUGUAGCAUUUACCCGCCAUGGCCCAGAUGUCCACCAGUGGCUCUUCUUCGACAGCAUGGCUGACCGUGAGGGUGGGCUGAAUGGCUUUAAUAUCCCCCGUGUCACUCCCUGCUCAGAGGUGGCAGACUACUUGGAAAUGCCCUCUGAGGCCCUCCAGGGCCUGGAUCCCAAAUCCUUGCCCCCGUAUGCCCGCCGCCUGCUCUGUGACGCCUACAUGUGCUUCUACCACAGCCCUGCCCUUGGCCUUUAUAAAUAAGUUCCUGGCUGAGGAAAGUGGAGGUACCUGGGAGAAGAAAGGCAAAACUAAGGGGCCCUAGGCCUGGACAGAUUACAUUAUAGAUAUGAGUGGGGCCCUGGGUCUUGGACCAGAUCAGUCUGGAUACGUGACGGUGGCCCAAGAACAACCCGGAAACAUUGACUAUAGCUAUGCAGAGCCCACUUCCUGCUUUAUGAACACCAUCAGUCCUGAUUGGUUUGCAGUAAUCCAAGCCUGGAUUGGAUGCAUGCUGCUUAGUAGGGCCUGGCCUAGACAAAGCGCUUAAUUUAGGUCAGGGGUAGAGAAUCUUCUCUUUUUUUAACUUAAGGGCCACAUUUCUUCAUGGACAACUUUCUAGGGGCCGCAUGUGCCUGGUAGACGGGCCAGACGCAAAAAGUGAGUGGGUGUGACUCUCCUCUUGUUCAAUAGACUAUAUUUCAGCUAUGCAAAAGUCGAACAUUUCUAUACAGAGACACCUCUCCAUCCAGGCAGAUGAGAGAUGUUACCAAAGUUCAGGAAUGGAUUCUAGCGUGGAAAAUAAAUUUUGAUGGUGUUAAGGCAGGCCAGUGAGUGGUGUAGCCUAGGAAGGUGACAAGGCCUGUGGAGCCUCUCAAAGGCCAUAUAAUAAGGGCCUCAUUCAGCUUCCGGGCCAGAGUUUCCCUCCUCUGAUUUAAACCAAGGCAUUAUGGGAGUCAUUCCAAACAUCUCCAUUCCAUUCCAGUUUUUGUGCGUUGGUUGGCAGCUACUUCUCAUUAACAGAAGAGCACUUGCCUGUUUCAUCUCUUUAGAAGACCAGGAAUGGGGGAACUGGUGGUCUAUCCAGAUGCUGUUGAACUUGAACUGCCAUCAUCCCCACCCAUGGGCCAGGUUCUCUGAGGUUGAUGGGAGUUAGAGUACAGCAACAUCUAGAAGGCCACAAGUUCCCCAUUGAUGAUACAGGGAUCCUUUGUAUAUCAGUAAGUUCUGUUUUAGUUACCUGUGACCGCAUGGCUCUUCCACAUGGCUUGUCUCCUCUCUGCCUAUUCUGAAUAGUAUAUAUUCAUCCAGAAAUAGCAUAUCAUGGAGGAACCACCAUCUACUACACAAGGCUGCCUGAUCCUUGCCAGUCCUGUUUGGAAGGCCUUCUCCAGGUUGCCCAACCAUGUAAAGUCUAGGCAGCUGCUGAGUGGAGAGAGGGCCUGUUUUGGUAGUGGCACCUCAUACUUUGAAUCCCAUCUCUAAAGAAGCUCAUGUGGUGACACCUUUGUCCUUUCAGCACCAGGAGAAGACAGAAUUGCACAGACAUUUCAGCUUAUUGGUAGCUUGGGCUUUAAUUGUGUGUUUGAUGGUUUCUGUCCUUUUUAAAAAAUAUAUUAUUGGGUAAAGAUUACUACUACUGCAAUUUUUGUAUUGAUUUUUGAAUUUUAUAUGUGAAUUUUACUAUAUUUUGUUUUUAUUGCUUUUGCUGAGAGGGUGGUUUAUAAACUUUAAAAUAAAUAUAUAGCCUGCCCUGUUUUCUGAA